AUGGAUUUCGACGAUGAUGCCCCGCCCGAUCUGGUUGAGGCAGGAACCGUCUUGGAUGAUGAAUUGCUAGCAUCCGAGAAGCAGAUAAAGGUUCCUAUCACCAUUGUUACCGGCUAUUUAGGUGCCGGGAAAACUACGCUGCUCAACUACAUCUUAACGGCACAGCAUGGAAAGAAGAUUGCUGUGAUUAUGAACGCGCUCGAUAUUGAAAAGUCCCUCACUGUUAAUAAGGGCGAUGAGCAGGUUGAAGAGUGGCUCGAGGUUGGCAACGGUUGCAUAUGCUGUUCUGUCAAGGAUACCGGUGUCAAUGCCAUUGAGUCGCUGAUGGAAAAGAAGGGCGCAUUUGACUAUAUCCUCCUCGAAACCACUGGACUUGCAGAUCCUGGCAAUCUAGUGCCUCUAUUCUGGGUCGACGACGGCCUGGGAAGCACCAUCUACCUCGACGGCAUUGUGACCCUCGUCGAUGCGAAGAACAUUCUCCGCAGCCUGGAUGACCCCUCUGGCAAGAUUGAGCUCGAGGACCAGGAGGAUGACCAUGGCCACGGCCCGCUCAUGACGACUGCCCACGUUCAGAUUUCGCACGCUGACGUGAUUGUUAUCAACAAGGCUGAUCUGGUCUCCGAAGCAGAACUGGAGCAGGUCAGAGAUAGAAUAGAGUCUAUUAACGGACUCGCAAAGAUUCACAUCACGCAGAAAAGCGAGGUACCCAGUCUAGAGGGCUUUUUGUUGGACUUACAUGCGUAUGAUCAGGUUACCGAGCUUGAUACGAGCCAGAAGGGCCACAGUCAUCUUGAUUCUACUAUUUCAACUGUCGCGAUACCAGUACCUAAGCUGGCCCCUCACCAGAUAUCAAAUGUCGACAAAUGGCUGAGAAAAGUCCUCUGGGAUCGCCGGCUACCUGGCGAUGAUAAGACAGUGUUGGAAGUACACCGUUGCAAGGGUCGGCUCAUCUUUGAGGACGGUGACAUCAAGCUUAUUCAGGGAGUGAGGGAAAUUUUUGAGAUCCUUGACUCGCCCGAUCAAUCUCGCCAAGAGGUCGAUCAAGGCAAAAUUAUUCUUAUUGGAAGAUAUCUGAAGGACGUCAAUUUCGAGACAAGCCUCUUGGAUACUCUUAAAUCAGGUGCAUGA